GAAACUUAUGAGAAUAUCCCAGGCCAGUCAAAGAUCACAUUCCUCUUACAGGCCAUCAGAAAUACUACAGCUGCUGAGGAGGCUAGACAAAUGGCUGCUGUUCUCCUAAGACGUCUUUUGUCCUCUGCAUUUGAUGAAGUCUACCCAACUCUUCCUUCUGAUGUCCAGACUGCCAUCAAGAGUGAACUACUAAUGAUUAUUCAAAUGGAAACACAGUCUAGUAUGAGGAAGAAAAUUUGUGAUAUUGCUGCAGAGUUGGCCAGAAAUUUAAUAGAUGAGGAUGGUAACAACCAAUGGCCUGAAGGUUUGAAGUUCCUUUUUGAUUCAGUCAGCUCUCAAAAUAUGGGACUGCGGGAAGCUGCCCUUCACAUUUUCUGGAACUUCCCUGGAAUUUUUGGGAACCAACAGCAGCACUAUUUAGACGUCAUCAAACGGAUGUUAGUUCAAUGUAUGCAAGAUCAGGAACAUCCAGCGAUCCGAACACUAUCUGCUAGAGCUACAGCUGCAUUUAUCCUUGCAAAUGAGCAUAAUGUUGCUCUGUUCAAACAUUUUGCAGACUUGUUACCCGGAUUCUUACAGGCUGUAAAUGAUUCGUGCUACCAGAAUGAUGAUUCGGUCCUAAAAUCCCUUGUGGAGAUUGCAGAUACUGUUCCAAAGUAUUUGCGUCCUCAUUUGGAAGCUACUUUACAGCUAAGUCUAAAGUUAUGUGGAGACACUAGCCUCAAUAAUAUGCAACGCCAGCUUGCCCUUGAAGUAAUUGUGACCCUCUCUGAGACUGCAGCUGCUAUGUUAAGAAAACAUACCAAUAUUGUUGCACAAACUAUUCCUCAGAUGUUAGCAAUGAUGGUUGAUCUAGAAGAGGAUGAGGACUGGGCAAAUGCGGAUGAACUAGAAGAUGAUGAUUUUGACAGCAAUGCAGUUGCUGGUGAAAGUGCUUUGGACCGAAUGGCUUGUGGACUUGGAGGAAAGCUCGUUUUGCCCAUGAUCAAGGAACACAUUAUGCAGAUGCUUCAAAAUCCUGACUGGAAAUAUCGACAUGCAGGAUUAAUGGCUUUAUCCGCCAUUGGUGAAGGAUGCCACCAGCAAAUGGAAGGAAUUCUAAAUGAGAUUGUAAAUUUUGUUUUGCUUUUUCUUCAGGAUCCUCAUCCAAGAGUGAGGUAUGCAGCCUGUAAUGCUGUUGGACAGAUGGCUACAGAUUUUGCUCCUGGUUUCCAAAAGAAAUUCCAUGAGAAGGUGAUUGCGGCUCUGCUACAGACCAUGGAAGACCAAGGCAAUCAACGAGUGCAGGCCCAUGCCGCUGCCGCUCUCAUUAACUUUACUGAGGACUGCCCCAAGUCACUGCUUAUUCCAUAUUUGGAUAAUUUGGUGAAACAUCUACAUUCCAUCAUGGUACUUAAACUUCAGGAGUUGAUUCAAAAAGGCACCAAGCUAGUUUUGGAACAAGUUGUGACAUCUAUCGCAUCAGUUGCAGAUACUGCAGAGGAAAAGUUUGUCCCCUACUAUGACUUAUUUAUGCCAUCAUUAAAGCACAUUGUUGAGAAUGCAGUUCAAAAGGAACUUAGACUUCUCAGAGGAAAAACUAUUGAAUGCAUCAGUCUCAUUGGUCUGGCUGUUGGGAAGGAAAAGUUCAUGCAAGAUGCAUCGGAUGUGAUGCAGCUGUUGCUGAAGACCCAGACAGACUUCAGUGAUAUGGAAGAUGAUGAUCCUCAGAUCUCUUACAUGAUCUCAGCAUGGGCCAGAAUGUGCAAAAUCCUUGGAAAAGAAUUUCAGCAAUACCUUCCAGUGGUUAUGGGGCCUUUAAUGAAGACAGCUUCAAUUAAGCCUGAAGUAGCCCUUUUAGAUACCCAAGACAUGGAGAAUAUGAGUGAUGAUGAUGGUUGGGAGUUUGUGAACCUUGGAGACCAGCAAAGUUUUGGUAUUAAAACUGCAGGACUGGAAGAAAAAUCAACUGCUUGUCAGAUGCUGGUUUGCUAUGCUAAGGAGUUAAAGGAAGGCUUUGUGGAAUAUACUGAACAGGUUGUCAAACUGAUGGUCCCUUUACUGAAAUUUUAUUUCCACGAUGGUGUUCGAGUGGCGGCGGCAGAGUCCAUGCCUCUGCUCCUGGAAUGUGCACGAGUGCGGGGUCCUGAGUAUCUCACACAGAUGUGGCACUUCAUGUGCGAUGCUCUGAUCAAGGCGAUUGGUACAGAACCAGAUUCAGAUGUCCUCUCAGAAAUCAUGCAUUCUUUCGCAAAGUGCAUUGAAGUAAUGGGAGAUGGAUGCCUUAAUAAUGAACACUUUGAAGAAUUGGGAGGUAUACUGAAAGCUAAGCUCGAAGAACAUUUUAAAAAUCAAGAAUUGCGGCAAGUUAAAAGACAAGAUGAAGACUAUGAUGAACAGGUGGAAGAGUCACUACAAGAUGAGGAUGAUAAUGAUGUUUAUAUUCUGACCAAAGUGUCAGACAUAUUACACUCAAUAUUCAGUAGCUACAAGGAAAAGGUGUUACCAUGGUUUGAACAGCUGCUUCCAUUAAUUGUCAACCUAAUUUGUCCACAUAGACCAUGGCCAGACAGACAAUGGGGAUUAUGCAUCUUUGACGAUGUUAUAGAACACUGUAGUCCUGCCUCAUUUAAAUAUGCAGAAUAUUUCUUAAGGCCAAUGCUCCAAUAUGUGUGUGACAGCAGCCCAGAAGUCAGGCAAGCAGCUGCGUAUGGCCUCGGAGUCAUGGCACAGUAUGGUGGCGAUAACUAUCAUCCUUUUUGUACAGAAGCACUUCCACUGCUGGUAAGAGUUAUUCAAUCUGUUGAUUCUAAGACCAAAGAAAAUGUCAAUGCUACAGAGAACUGCAUCUCAGCAGUAGGGAAAAUUAUGAAGUUCAAACCUGACUGUGUGAACGUUGAAGAAGUCCUACCACACUGGUUGUCUUGGCUUCCACUACAUGAAGAUAAAGAAGAAGCUGUUCAAACUUUCAGUUAUCUGUGUGAUCUGAUUGAAAGUAAUCAUCCAAUUGUUCUUGGCCCAAACAAUACCAAUCUGCCCAAAAUAUUCAGUAUAAUUGCAGAAGGAGAAAUGCAUGAGGCAAUUAAACAUGAAGAUCCUUGUGCCAAACGUCUGGCUAAUGUAGUUCGCCAAGUACAGGUAAGUUGAUUUGAUUAA